AUGGGCAUCGACAACAUCUGCGAGCUGGCCGCCCGCCUCCUCUUCAGCACGGUGGAGUGGGCUCGGAACAUCCCUUUCUUCCCCGAGCUGCCCGUUUCCGACCAGGUGGCCCUGCUGCGGCUCAGCUGGAGCGAGCUCUGUGCCCCUCUCCUGGCCGCCGCCGGCUUCCACGCCUCCCCCAUGUCCGCCGACCGCGUCGUCUCCUUCAUGGACCAGAUCCGCAUCUUCCAGGAUCAGGUGGAGAAGCUCAACCGGCUCCAGGUGGACUCGGCAGAGUACAGCUGCCUCAAAGCCAUCGCGCUCUUCACGCCCG